GAGGCGGUGCGUGCCUCGCCUGCCAAAGGCAGCUCUGUUCCUCUGCGUGCGAUCCCGGGCGCCCCGCGCGUGGCCACCGCGCUCCGCCCGAGCCGCCGCCGGAGAGCGCCGGCAGCGGGUGCUCCGCGGGUGGCGGCGCAGCCGGGCCUUCGGGAGACCCUCCGCCUCCGGCCGGACGCCGUUCUCUGCCCCGAGGCGGGCCCGGGGUGGCCGCGGCUGUUAGGACAGCGGCGAGGAGGAAGGACGCUCUUCUGCGCCGUGGAUGUUCCGCCAGCGGAAGACGGCAAGUUGUGUGCGCGCCUCGGCCGCCGCCCGCCAGCCGUGGACCAUCGUCCUUACCACAGAGGUUGGAAAGUUGAUGGCCAGGAAGACUGAAGAUCCCUUCUGUUGCUAGACACCCCCCAUUACCGAAGUGUGGACUACCUGCCAUUCCCUGGUGGUUUCACGCCUUCCCUCACUCCUGCAGUCCCAGAACAGUUACUGUGGGUCCCCGUUGCCCUGUUGAAAGAUGGCAUCCAGCCUGACUUGUACCGGGGUGAUCUGGGCUUUGCUCUCCUUUCUUUGUGCUGCCACCUCCUGUGUGGGAUUCUUCAUGCCUUACUGGCUCUGGGGAUCACAGUUGGGCAAGUCUGUGUCCUUCGGUACUUUCCGGAGGUGCUCCUAUCCUGUGCAUGAUGAGAGCCGGCAGAUGAUGGUGAUGGUGGAGGAAUGUGGGCGCUACGCCUCCUUCCAGGGCAUCCCCAGUGCAGAAUGGAGGAUCUGUACCAUCGUGACGGGCCUGGGCUGUGGCCUCCUCCUCCUGGUGGCUCUCACUGCCCUCAUGGGUUGCUGUGUGUCGGAGCUCAUCUCCAGGACGGUGGGAAGAGUGGCUGGAGGAAUUCAGUUUCUGGGGGGCUUGUUGAUCGGUGCGGGCUGUGCCCUCUACCCCUUGGGCUGGGACAGUGAGGAAAUCCGACAGACCUGUGGCUACGUUUCCGGCCAGUUUGACCUGGGUAAGUGUGAGAUCGGCUGGGCCUACUAUUGCACGGGGGCAGGUGCUGCCACCGCCAUGCUGCUGUGCACAUGGCUGGCUUGCUUCUCGGGCAAGAAACAGAAGCAGUACCCCUACUGAGAUGGAGCCACUGAGAGCAAACAGAGGAGAAGAUAGGCCAAAGGGGUCUGGAGAGACUGAACCAUCCAGCUGCUUUCAAAAGGUGGAAUAGCGGUUCUCUAAUCCAUACAGUGCUAAUGAAAUGAAACCCAAUGGAACGGUCAACAUUACGUAAUGGCCAAGGGUUGUGCAAGAUUUGCAAAAGAAAUGGAGAAUAUGGAAAAAGAGAGAAGAAUGGACCAAAGGCUAAAAAUAUUGCAGGGUGUUGGGGGUUUCUAUUCCACAGAGUAUUGUUAAUGUUGAACACAUACACACACCAAACAAACCUAUAUGUGCAAACAAGGGUUUUGGAUUUUUUUAAAAGAUGAGGACUAUGAAAAUUAAAAGGGCUAGUAGAAACAGUAUUAUGUUGGGAAGCAGGGUAACGCGCAGAUGUUCCCUGUAGGUCAUGGCGCUUCUGAAAGCACAUACAGACAUAUGCGCAUCCACACACAUGCCCACGCACAAACAUAGACUUUGUUACACAGAUUGUAUGCAAGGUUUAGCAGUGCAUUACUCCUCUGUUUUCUUUUUAAUGUACACUUAGAAUACAGUAUUAUCACUUUAUAAAGCAUACGUUAAACCUAAUAAAUGGACCAAUAAGCCACUCUAUCAGUAUUUUGUAUAUCCUGCAUAAACUCUUUAUGCCCUCAACAUGUGUUCAGUGUUUAUGCAGACAUUUAGAGUUAAGCCUUUGUAUUUCAAUAUUAUUCAAAAUAUGGAAGAUUUCUUUAUCUGAGUAGCUUCUGCUAUGAUAUUCUUAUGAAGUAAAGAGGCAACUUCCUGUCCACUGUAGGAGAGAAUUCAGUUGAAGGAGUGAGAGUAAUGAGAGACAUUAUCCAUUCAUUAGAUCUUGUUUUCUUUUGUUCAUUAUUGUACUGUGCUGUACCACAUUUAUUUCAAUAUUCAUUUUGUAUAAAAAAAUUUAAAAGUGCUAUUUUGUUUGUAUUUGAAAACCCCUGUGAAUAAAUUCUCUUUGAUCAAUA